ACUUGACUCUGGGGCUACUCGCAUUUCUAGGUCCCCGUGAGGAAACAAGCCUAUAAAUCAUACAGAAUUAAAUUUUUUGAAAAUCUAAAAAUGCAUAAAGUUUCCUAUGAGGGGUAGGUUUAGGUGUAGGGCGAUAGAAAAUACAGUUUGAACAGUAUAAAAACCAUUACCCAAAAAACAUGGAAACAAUGUGUGCGCGUGCGCUUGUUCCGCAAACUUGCAAACUUCCGCAAACUCUCUCGAGUCAGUCAUGUCUAACAACAACGCUAGCAGCAGCAGUGUGGCUGUGGCGCAGAAAGCCGUCAAACAGCUCAGGCUAGAGGCCAAAGUACGACGAAUUAACGUUUCUCAAGCUGCCACAGACCUGAAGAACUUCUGCUUGCAGAACGCCCAUAAAGACCCGCUGCUGAUGGGCAUGCCGUCCAGCGACAACCCCUUCCGCCCGCCCAAGUCCUGCGGCCUCCUCUGAACGACUGCUGUCUGAUCACACAGGUUACCAACAACCUCCUGUCCUUCUGAAGCACCGUAGAUGCAUUCAGUGAAUGCACACGCAAUCAAAAUGUAUCAGCCCAUCAAAGAUGUAGAUGAGUUUGUU